UCAGAUCAAACGCAAAAUUCCCAUUUUAUUUUAUUUUUCCCGCACUCUCGCUCCUCAAAAACUAGCAUGAACAAUCGGAGCUGGAUAGAGGCUAAUCCGAUGGCAAACGACUCGAUUUCGGAGAGCGAGAGGCUACAGAUCGAGCAGAUUAUGGAGCUCGAAUUCGAGGAAUUGGAAGUCGAAGAAGUGGACGACGACGAUUCGUCCGACGAAGAGUAUCGUCGUGUUUCUGCAGGAGCUUCUGCAUCUACUGACUAUACAUAUGAUACCUCCAUAGUUACCUUGCAUUCCUAUCUUGGUGUCGUUGAAGACACUCACAGUAGGAUGGCAUUUUUGGAUGGUGGUGCUGUGCUCACCCUUCCCCUGUAUUAUCUUGAAGGUGUUGUUUUAUUUCCUGAGGCAAUACUACCCCUUAGAGUAGUCAUUCCUAAUUUUAUAGCUGGUGUUGAGAGAGCAAUGGGACAAGCUGAUGCUCGUUAUACAAUUGGUGUGGUUCGUGUGUACAAGGAUCCCAACAGUGGCAGGGUAAAGCUUUCAGCAAUUGGCACUACUGCAGAGAUUCGGCAAUAUAAGAAACUGGAAGAUGGCUCUAUAAAUAUUGUUGCCCGAGGACAGCAGCGCUUUCGCCUGAAGCGUCGUUGGGUUGAUGUAGAAGGAUCGCUUUGUGGAGAGGUUCAUAUCAUCCAGGAAGAUGUGCCAUUAAGAACACCUCGGGAAGCUGUUGGUAAACUGGCUCCAUUAAGAAAUUCUCAGGCAAAUAGUGUGCCAUCUACUCGUCACAGCUGUGAGGAAGGAAAUGAUUCUGAUGUAAUGUCAGAGGGAAGUUUUGAAAGUGAACUUUCAGCAACAGAAAGAAGGCUGCAUCAUUAUGCUCUUGUAUCUUCUAAUCGCUCUGAGGUAUAUGACGAAUCCAUAAGCAGCGACGAUGAAAGAUCUGAGCGAUUUUAUGAAUGCCAAUCAGAAAGGUCUCCCUUAGAUAACCAUACAAGACCAGUGUGGUUAGGACUCAACAAGGAGAAUGAUGAUGGCAAUCCUGGAGUUAGGAAGAUGCCAUUUUCAUACAUGCAACAUUCUAAAAAGGCAGGAUGGGGAAAGCACUCCAUAGCUUCAUUUCGUGAUGUUUCAAGAGCCUUCUGGCCCAGUUGGGUCUAUAGCAUGUAUGACUCCUAUGUACUUGCUAGGAAGGCAGCAGACCGCUGGAAACAGGUUGUUAAAUCCCCAAACUUGGACAGCCUUGUGAUGAAACCAGAUCUUCUUUCAUUUCAUAUUGCUAGUAGAAUUCCAAUAUCUGAUAUAGCAAGGCAAGAACUCCUGGAGAUUGAUGGAACAACUUAUAGAUUGCGGAAAGAGAUUGAGUUGCUGGAAAGUUUCGACAAAAUGCGUUGUAAAACUUGUCAGACCCUUAUUGCAAAGAGAAGUAACAUGUUAGUGAUGUCUAGUGAUGGCCCACUUGGUGCUUUUGCUAAUCCGAAUGGCUACGUGCACGAAGUGAUAACUCUCACCAAGACAGAUGGAAUAGCAGUCACAGGGCCUCCAGUAAAAGAAUAUAGCUGGUUUCCAGGUUACGCAUGGUCAGUUGCUGAAUGUAUAAUGUGUGGAUCGCAAAUGGGUUGGUACUUCUCCGCUACAAAGAAGAAAAUGAGGCCUCAGGCAUUCUGGGGGCUGAGGAGCUCACAAGUGGUGGACGAGAAGCUCUAGAAACAGCAGUGUCAAAUGCCAAAAGUAGGUAUAAAGUAGGUAUUUCCUGGUGAGGUAUAGAUCCUAUGAAACUCUUGCUUUUCUCGGCAAAUCUUUCGUGCAGAUAACUAUGUGUCGUAUAAUGGUUCACAGAAAAAAAGUGUUUGGACAACUUUGGAUGAUGGUGUAGAUGGAACUUAUAGAUUGUGAUAUAGGAGUGGUAUACUUUUACAUAUGUAUAAUGAAUAAUAUAGUAUUUAGUUAUAUAAUUUCAUUUCAUUA